AUGUCCGGCAUGCUCGGCGCGUUCAAGAUCAAGGAAUUCGACCUUGAGCCUGUCAUCGAAGCAUGGACCAACCCUCCCAUCUUCCGUGGUGACCCCUCACGCGACAUGCCCGUCGACGACUGGCUCGCAGCUAUCAAGGCCGGAAGCGUCGAGCGCAAGGUCCCCGAGGAGUACUGGCACAAGGUCGCCCAGCGCUUCAUGGGCCCUUCGGCCAAGGCGCGUUUCCAGGAGAUCAAGAAUGUCAUGGCGAAGGUCAACGGCGGCAAGUACCGAUGGAGUUGGAAGAAGUUCUCGGUUGCUAUGAAGAACAUGGGCUGGGACAUCGACCCGAAAGCGACGGAGACCGUCCAGCUCACCUCGAAACCUUCGGGCAUUUUCUGGAUCACACGGAAGAUGUCCGGCUCGAAGGAGAAGGAAGCGCCGCCCGUCCCGCCUAAGGAUGUUAAGGAGGACAAGGAGGACAAGGAGAACCAGCCUCACCACGAGAAGUCAUCCCCUUCAUCAUGGCUAGCCACGAUGAAGGGUGAUAAGCGCAGGACUCCGACGCGCUCGAACACCGACACCGCCCUCAUUACGACCCUUACCCAGACCUCCUCCGCACUCAAGCCCCGCCCAACGCCCUCUCGGGCGAACUCAAUCGACCCAACCAGCACUGAGCUCGCGACAGUCUCAGAAAACAGCAAUGCCGUAACCCAGGUCCAAAAUGCCCCCACAUGGCUCCUGAACGCAUGCAGCGCUCUCGACUUCCUCACCUGCGAGCACCCGCGCGCUAUGUCGACCAUCAGCGCUAUCCUCAUCACCGCCGGCACACUGCCGACUAUUCCUGCCAUCGCUGGCGGCACCGUCCUCGCGACCGGCGUCGCACAGGCUGUCGGCGCUAUCGCAGUCGGGGUUGGCAACAUGCUCAAGGCCCAGCAGGACGGUCGCAUCGAGGCGACGAACGGUCAGCAGCAACAGCAACAGCAGGGCCAGGCCGCGCAGCCGGGUCACUAA